AUAUAGGCAAUAUCUCAUCAUGAGGGCUAUCAUCUUCCUUGCCAUUGUUGGCGUUGCAUUCGGAAAUCUCUGCCAGGGAGUUGAUAAAAAUGAUAUCAAUGCUGCAUUUGCUACUGCUCGUGUAGGAUCUCUAGCUAUCUUCGGAAAAUCCUGCCCUGGAUUUGAUUUUGAUACUGUUGCCUUUUCCGAUGAAUGCAGAUCUCUCGUCAGACAAGCCACUUGCUACGGACUCAAUGCUGCCAGCCACUACGACUCAGAUGUUGUCAGCUACAAACAAUUGGCUGUUGAUGUACCCAACAUGGAGAAACUCGGCAACCUUGCUUGCGAACAGGCCCGUGGAUGUUUCCUUCAAGUCAGCGCCGCUAUGGAGGCAUGCGAAGCUGAAAAUGUUGACUUCGUACAAGAUACCAUCGAUGCUGCCGAGAUAGCCUACAAAGACAGAUUUGAAGACAAAGUUGCAAAAUUCGCAAAAGCUAGCAAAGGUUCUCUCCUCGGAGACCUCGCAUCCAUGGCUAUUGACCGAUUCUCCAGUGCUGACGAUAUCCAAGACUUCAUUGAGGAGCACCUCACCAAGGGUGUCAAAUCUGAUGCCUCUGCUGCCGCCGAAGAAGCUCAAGCUCUCGCCAAGGGAUGGUGUGAUGAUGGAUGUACCAGCGAUACUGCCAGUUUCCUCAGGGGUAUCUUCAGGCACAUGAACAAUCGUAAAUGUGAUGAUGCCUCUGAAUUCUGCGGUGAAUGCCAGUCCCGUGCUGCAUCCUACUUCGCCAGGAACCAGCUACCAUGUUGUAUCGAGAAGGUUGUCCGAAGGGGAAUUGUGGCUUACGACUACGUUAUCGCUAACUACAGCGAUGCCCUUGAAUCAUAUGGAGCUGCUGUCAAAGGUGGUCUAAGUGUAAGUGGUCUUGCUGAGGCUGAGGCAAUCAGAGAUAGAGUUGUCGAAGAGUUCAGCUGUGUCAGCGAAGUUUACUCUGCUAACAGACCAGAAUGCGUAUAAAGUCUUCUCGACAAAAUCCCUGGUCAUAAAGACAUGUGGAAUAAAUUAACACCAUUUUUGAUAACGGACUGGUAUUUCAUCUUCAGAUGUAUUUUAUAGUGCUGAUGUAAUAUUAUUACUCACCUAACGCAUUUCAUAA